AUGUUGGUGUUUGUUGUGCUGACACUAUUGUUUUGCUCUUUAUGUGAUUCUUCAAGGUUGAUGAAGAAUGUUGAAAGCCAAAAUAGGAGAAAUCUUCUUGCGAAUGGCCUUGGUCUCACUCCUCCAAUGGGGUGGAAUAGCUGGAAUCAUUAUCACGAGAAUAUAAAUGAAACCAUCAUCCGAAAAGCAGCUGAUGUCCUUGUUUCUUCUGGUCUUUCUGAGCUUGGGUACAUUUACGUUAACAUAGAUGAUGGCUGGGGUGAAAUGACUCGAGAUAUCGAUGAUAAUUUGGUACCUGAUAAAAAACAUUUUCCUUUUGGCAUCAAAGCCCUAGCAGAUUAUGUUCAUGAGAGGGGUCUGAAGCUUGGCAUUUAUGCAGAUGCAGGGUACUAUACUUGUGAAAAACGUAUGCCUGGUUCACUUGGCUAUGAAGAGCAAGAUGCCAAGACUUUCGCAUCAUGGGGUGUUGAUUAUCUCAAGUAUGAUAAUUGUAACAAUGGUGGAAUAAAGCCUCUUCAAAGAUAUCCUAUUAUGACUCGAGCUUUGAUGAAGGCAGGCCGUCCAAUCUACUUCUCAUUAUGUGAAUGGGGAGACAUGCACCCUGCAUUAUGGGGUUUUCCAGUGGGAAAUAGCUGGAGAACUAGUGAUGACAUUGAUGAUAACUGGGAAAGAAUGGUUUCAAGAAUAGACAGAAAUGAUGUUUAUGCUGAUUUUGCAAAACCUGGUGGUUGGAAUGAUCCUGACAUGCUGGAGGUAGGAAAUGGAAAGAUGAAGAAACAUGAAUACGUUGUUCACUUCAGUUUAUGGGCCAUUUCCAAGGCUCCUCUUCUUAUUGGCUGUGAUCUUGGAAAAAUGGACGAUGACACUCUAGAGAUACUAUCAAAUGCAGAGGUUAUUGCAGUUAACCAAGAUCCACUUGGUGUACAAGCUAAAAGGGUUAGGAUGGAAGGAGCACUCGAGGUUUGGGCAGGUCCUCUUUCAGAAUACAGGGUGGCUGUUCUCUUACUGAAUAAAUGCAGUGAUCGCCUUUCAGAGAUGACUGCAGAAUGGGAAGAUAUCGGCCUUGACCCUUCAACUGUUGUUCAAGCAAGAGAUCUUUGGGAGCACGAGACAUUGGAAAGACAGUUCGUGGGCAAAAUGACUGUCACUGUUGAACCGCAUUCUUGCAAGAUGUAUGUGUUGAAGCCAAUAGCUUGAAUUUCAGAACAUGUUCUUCUCAACUUUUUAUUCAUAGAGACAUCAUUCUACCUUUUUCUUACUUUAUGCAAUGCUAUUCUUAGUUAUAUUUAUGUUGUUUUGUCAGUGUCAGUGUUUCUUUAAUAUCUUGAGUG